AUGCAGGGAGAUGCUCAGGGAUAUGGCACGUCCAGCAGUGACAAGUACGUGGAGCUGGUCAAUGCCGCCUGCAACUUUGAGCCCCACGAGAGCUUCUUCAGCCUCUUCUCGGACCCCCGCAGCACCCGCCUCACCCGCAUCCACCUCCGGGAGGACCUGGUGCAGGACCAGGACUUGGAAGCCAUUCGCAAACAGGACCUGGUGGAGCUGUACCUGACCAACUGCGAGAAGCUGUCUGCCAAGAGCCUGCAGACGCUGAGGAGCUUUAGCCACACCCUGGUGUCCUUGAGCCUCUUCGGCUGUGCAAACAUUUUCUACGAGGAGGAGAACCCAGGGGGCUGUGAAGACGAGUGCCUCGUCAACCCCACCUGCCAGGUGCUGGUCAAGGACUUCACCUUCGAGGGCUUUAACCGCCUGCGCUUCCUCAACUUGGGCCGCAUGAUCGAUGGGGUCCCCGUCGAGUCCUUGCUGCGGCCACUCAACUCGCUGGCUGCCUUGGACCUCUCAGGCAUUCAGACAAGCGACGCGGCCUUCCUAACUCAGUGGAAAGAUAGCCUGGUGUCCCUUGUGCUCUACAACAUGGACCUGUCGGAUGACCACAUCCGUGUCAUUGUCCAGCUGCACAAGCUGCGACACCUGGACAUCUCCCGAGACCGCCUCUCCAGCUACUACAAGUUCAAACUCACUCGAAAGGUGCUGAGCCUCUUUGUGCAGAAACUGGGGAACCUGAUGUCCCUGGACAUCUCUGGCCACAUGAUCCUAGAGAACUGCAGCAUCUCCAAGAUGGACGAGGAAGCCGGGCAGACCAGCAUCGAGCCUUCCAAGAGCAGCAUCAUGCCCUUCCGGGCUCUGAAAAGGCCGCUGCAGUUCCUUGGGCUCUUCGAGACCUCCCUGUGCCGCCUCACGCACAUUCCAGCCUACAAAGUAAGUGGGGACAAAAACGAGGAGCAGGUGCUGAACGCCAUUGAGGCCUACACAGAGCACAGACCUGAGAUCACCUCACGGGCCAUCAACCUGCUUUUUGACAUCGCACGCAUCGAGCGCUGCAACCAACUUCUGCGGGCCCUGAAGCUGGUCAUCGCGGCCCUCAAGUGCCACAAGUACGACAAGAACAUUCAAGUGACAGGCAGUGCUGCGCUCUUCUACCUGACCAAUUCCGAGUACCGCUCAGAGCAGAGCGUCAGGCUGCGCCGGCAGGUCAUCCAGGUGGUGCUGAACGGCAUGGAAUCCUACCAGGAGGUGACGGUCCAGCGGAACUGCUGCCUGACCCUCUGCAACUUCAACAUCCCUGAGGAGCUGGAAUUCCAGUACCGCCGGGUCAAUGAGCUCCUGCUGAGCAUCCUCAACCCCACGCGGCAGGAUGAGUCAAUCCAGCGCAUCGCCGUGCACCUGUGCAAUGCCCUGGUCUGCCAGGUGGACAAUGACCACAAGGAGGCCGUGGGCAAGAUGGGCUUUGUGGUGACCAUGCUGAAGCUGAUUCAGAAGAAGCUGCUGGACAAGACAUGUGACCAGGUGAUGGAGUUCUCCUGGAGCGCCCUGUGGAACAUCACGGACGAGACGCCCGACAACUGUGAGAUGUUCCUCAACUUCAACGGCAUGAAACUCUUCCUGGACUGCCUGAAGGAAUUCCCAGAGAAGCAGGAACUGCAUCGGAAUAUGCUAGGACUCUUAGGGAACGUGGCAGAGGUGAAGGAGCUGCGGCCCCAGCUAAUGACUUCCCAAUUCAUCAGUGUCUUCAGCAACCUUCUGGAGAGUAAGGCCGACGGGAUUGAGGUUUCCUACAACGCCUGUGGCGUCCUCUCCCACAUCAUGUUUGAUGGGCCCGAGGCCUGGGGCAUCUGUGAGCCCCGGCGGGAGGAGGUGGAGGAGCGCAUGUGGGCAGCCAUCCAGAGCUGGGACAUCAAUUCACGGAGAAAUAUCAACUACAGGUCAUUUGAGCCAAUUCUUCGCCUUCUUCCCCAGGGCAUCUCCCCUGUCAGCCAGCAUUGGGCCACCUGGGCCCUGUACAACCUUGUGUCUGUCUACCCGGACAAGUACUGCCCACUGUUGAUCAAAGAAGGUGGGAUGCCCCUUCUGAGGGACAUGAUCAAGACGGCAACUGCACGGCAGGAGACCAAGGAGAUGGCCCGCAAGGUGAUUGAGCACUGCAGUAACUUUAAAGAGGAGAACAUGGACACGUCCAGAUAGAGGCCUCUGCCUGCGCGGCCGCCACUUCUCUGGACCACAAGGCUGGGAGGAAGUGCUGCCCAGCAGCCCAGCUGGCAGACCCCACCCGGGAGCCUCCCACUGGAUGAAGGGACACAGGGAGACUUUUGCACAACCGACGCUUUUCCUUAACAUUAGUGAGAUAUAUUAUUAUUUUUUUUGGUUAGGAAGUGUGAAGUUUUGUGUGUAUGAUUUCUGUACAAAGACAAAAGAAACACUCCUUGAAUCCCUGCAGCUUCCUAGGCCCUUCUCAAGACCCCACUCAAAGCCUUCAUUGCUGCCACAUUCACUCCUGCCCCGGCCAGACUAAAUGCCUCUGACGCGUGUCUGGUCCUUUCCGGUAACCUCAGUCCCUAGCCUCACCUCCUUUUAGGAGAGGCCGCAGGCUCUUUGUGGCCCUCUCCACUCCCUAACCUCCCUGACGAAGCCUGAGGGCCGCAUCUGGGUUCCUGGGUGUGGCUGAUGGGGCUUGGGGAGGGUCUCCCGAAUGCCUUGGUGCUCCCAGCUCUGGGCCAUCUGGGGCAUGGCAGCUGGGCCCAGGCCCAGGCCACCCCAGAGGACCCUCGAGGAGAGGGGUUCACAGUGGCCCUGCUGCUCUCUGGCCUGGCCUGCCUGAGGCCAUGCUGCUAUGGAGGCUGCCUGCUAGUCUCCCACCAGGUCCCAGGCUGUUGAAGGCCCCAGCCCAGGGCUGGUCCGAACUCAGGCAGGUGCCACUGCCUCUUCUGCCAAACACUUCAAGAACCUGCCCCCAGCCCUGGAAGCCAGCACCUUCUGGGGCCAGGGGCUGGCUCCCUCACUCCCCAGCCCUCAUCUGCCCACGACACCCAAGGUGCCCACCGGGCACCCCACCAGCGGAACUGAGCCUGCCUCAUUCACCCCAUCUGUCCACUGCCCAGAGGAGCCCACACUUCUCACAGGCAGGAGGCCCCCACUCCAGCCUUCCCCAGCAGCAACAGGCAGCUGCCUCCAGACCAGCGCCCGGCACAGCCUGCAGCGGCCCCACUCAGCGCUCCUGAGUCGCUCCCACUCUGCCCCAGACUUUACCUUGGGAACCUCUGCGUGUUUCUGGAGAAGUGUGAGCCACAAAUGUGUCUCAGAAUAUCUUGUGGUCUUCCCUUGAUGUAAUCCAAAUUGCUUCUCGGGACAGAAGGGGAGGAGGCCUCUCCAGAACAAGGGGUCUGGGGAGCAAGGCUCACUCUGCAGGCAGCCCUUGGGGGAUGGCUUUUCUUCCCUCCCACUUCCUUGGGCUUUUUGAUUCCUCUAGCAUUUCUGCCCCUAGGCAGAAAAGGCUGGAUGGGCAGCCCAGGGUAGGGGCACUUCUGUGUCUCCUGUAGUCUUUGCUCCCAGCCCUGGGAUGCGGGCAGUUGCCCUGCAUUCCCCCAGCUUGGCAAGUGGGCGGCAUCUGUCUCUUCCGUGCUCACGUGGCCUGAGCCAGACCCCAGGCGAGCUCAUGUUGCAUUGCUUUACCACCUGGGGCCUGGGAAAUGUCUGUACUUUGGGAUGUCACAGAAAUACAUUUUUGUGCAAAGUG